AUGAGAAGUGACUUUGAUGUCAGUGAAGGAGACGCAAUCUGGCUGCAGGCUUGUGGCACUCGACUGCCUGCGUUCCAGUCAGCGAGCUCAUCCCCUCUGCAGGCACAAGCCAGAUCCCAAAGCGCUGAGCAUCAGCUUCUCAGGGGCGGCGGCGAGGCGCUGCUGCGGCGCUGCGCUCAGCUGUUCCCGGUGCCUUCGCCCCGCUCCUGCCGCCUGCGUGUGGCAGCGGCAGCCGCUCCGCCUGCGCUCCGUGCCGCGCCGCGGGGAGCCGGGAGCGGGCCGGGAGGCACGGCGGGAGGAGCGCCCGGAGCGGGGGGACUGCGAGGGGAACCCGGCGGCCGGGAACCGGGAGCGUGCGAGACCCCGGCGCACUUGGGCGGCACCACCGCGUUCGGGGAUAACGUGGAGGAUGAGUGGUUCAUCGUGUACCUGCUCCGGGAGAUCACCAGGGAGUUCCCGGGGCUGGCAGCCAGUAUUGAUGACAACGAUGGAGAGUUUCUCUUGAAAGAAGCAGUUGAUUUUCUCCCAAAGUGGCUGAAUCCUGAGAACAGUGAAAACAGGACCCGUGAACGGCAAACCCGGCGCAAGGAACUCGCAGAACCCCCCGUGCCCCUCAGCCCCGGGCUGGGGCAGCACCGACCGCGGGUCCCACCUGGGCCGGAGCCGCCGCCGCUCCCGCUCCGCUCCCGGCCGCACCCAGCGGGUCGGGCUGCAGCCGAUGUCGCUCCGGAGGAUUCCGGCCGUGCGGACACAGCGCGCAGGGAAGCAGCGAGGGGCGGAGCGGCGAGGAGGCGGCGGGGGAGCCUGGCUGGGAGCGACUGCUCCGAGAGCGCGUUGUCAGGGAGGCCAGCGGUGCCGGUGGGGCCUGGCCGGUGUCCAAGGCACUCAGGAUGUUUGGAAUAAGGAUGUUUGUCACAGCUGUAUUUGUUUUACAGAAAAGAGUGUUACAACAUUACCUGUGGUCAGCACAUCUCCGAAGCUCCUUUUAUUUAAUAAGAAAAGAACUGUCAAUAAACCCAGGGAAAGUGAUAGGACAGUGCCUCCAGACUUACAUCCCUCUGUUGAUGCUGAAUGUUAUAACCAGACAAGUUUAGAAACUUGCCAUGGAAAUGGCCGAGCCUGUUGGGUGGGAGUUGAUCCUGGAUUAGGGCAAUGGACGCCUCCAGCCCAGACUGCCCCACAGAGGGAGAAUUCCUUUGUUUCCUGAAAAGAGAGGAGCGGGGAAAUUCAGAACAAAACCAGCAAGAUCAGAAUUACAAGCAUCUGUUGAGCGAACCAUCAGAGGUAUUGGGGCAGUUUCCAUGAAGACCAACCAGUAGAGUGAAACAAGAAAUAGAGGGCAAGCCCAGGCUGGCCCCUGUGUUCAUCACCGAGGAGAUUCCAUAGCCCUGCUGCAGGCAGCAAGCCCACAGGCAUGGUAAGGUGGGGGAAGAAAGCCACCCCAGACCUCUGUCAUUCCUCAGCUGUCUUUUAAUGCAGCAGGAACCAGAAGGCAAGACUGAGUUGGCCUCUGUACUCCCCACUAAGAUCCACCUGCCAUGAGUAGCAAUCCCAUAAGAACGAUAGAUGGGGUAAAAAAGCCAUACCAGACCUCAGUGAUCUCAUUUUGUCCAUUCCAAAUAAGUUUGUACUAAGUAAACCUGAGAUUUUUUUCCUUCUCUUCCCACUGUCCUCACCCUCAUCAACAUAUACUAGUAUGAUUAAUUUAAAAUUUUUUUUGAGAAGUAAGGAGAGAUUAUCAGAAUUUAAAAUGACAAUUCUUCAAACCAAAUGACUCAUAGAAAAAG